UCCAAUCGCCACAAAGUCCCAGAAUCCUCCGCGCUGCUUGGCGAGAAGGUGACAGGGGACGGCGAAAAUGGCCUCUGCCUAUCUUACUCACCAGCAGAAAGUGUUGCGGCUUUACAAGAAAUCACUUAGACAUCUCGAGUCAUGGUGCAUCUUUAGAGACAAAUACCGGUUCUACGCCUGCAUGCUGCGGGCUCGCUUCGAUGAGAACAAGAAUGAGAAGGACAUGGUGAAGGCCACGGUGAUGCUGAAGGCGGGAGAGGAGGAGUUCUGGGCCAACCAACAUCCCCAGCCCUACAUCUUCCCCGACUCUCCUGGAGGGACCUCCUACGAGAGAUAUGAGUGCUACAAGGUCCCAGAGUGGCUGCUGGACCACUGGCACCCCUCAGAGAAGGCCAUGUACCCUGACUACUUCUCCAAGAGAGAGCAGUGGAAGAAACUGAGAAUGCAGAGCUGGGACAAAGAGGUCGCCCAGCUGCAGGCUGAAACACAAGCUGGUGGCCCCAAGACCGAAGCCCUCCCUCCUGCCCGCAAGGAGGGCGACCUCCCCCCUCUGUGGUGGCAGUACGUCACCCGCCCCAGGGAGCGCCCCACAUAAACACCCUCCACCUCCUGGGUCACCCCCGCAGUCUGAGGAGAUAUUAUCUCUAUCACACAACAGCAGCACCAAGACUGGCUGCGCUCUGAAUUACCAUCUGUCUGUAAAGAAUGUUUUAUUAGUAAUUUCUGAGGCGGUUCACCUGUGCAGGUUGCAUGGCUGAGAAAACGACCUGCUUGAAUUCACACUGAUUGUUCAGUAGUUAGUUUAAGGAGGUUGGUGACUUUGAGAAGCCUGUAGAUGUGUCACUAAAUACCUGUAACUGUUCCAAUAAAUAUGUAUGAUGAAAA